UGGACAGCUUUUCGCCUUACAUUAUUGAAAGCUCAGAGGUUUGCAACCAGACUAUACAAAAUGGUCGACUUAAUAAUAAGACAAAAAUAAAUAUUAUUCAACAAAUCAUAAGAAUUUUUUGGAGCUAUGUAGUAUUUUCGUACUUUACAAAAAAUCCCACAAGUUCAUUCCUGUUGGUUACUGCAUCUCUUCGAUAAUAAAUUAAAAAUGCAAUUCCUCCGUUUGUGUCGUCUGAUGAAACCGGUUGCCGGAUGUGGACACCGCUACUUGAAUUCGUAUUCUUCGGUGGAAAAGCAGCUUGAAGUUGGUAAAUAUAAAAUAAACUUCGUCGAGGCUGGAACAGGCGAGAAGGGCGUAAUUCUUCUACCGGGAGCUCUCGGAACUGCUUGGACCGAUUUUAAGCCCCAAAUAGAGCAGCUGCCCGCGCUGCUACCGAACCAUAAGGUCAUCGCAUGGGAUCCCCCCGGGUAUGGGAAAUCUCGCCCACCGGAGAAAGAAUUCGGUGUGGAUUUCUACGAGAAGGAUGCGGAGGCAGCCUUCCGCUUGAUGGAAAAGAUUGGAUUUCAAUCGUUUUCCAUUGCCGGCUGGAGCGACGGUGGCAUCACGGGAUUGAUUAUGGCCGGUAGGAACCCCUCGAAGGUAGAAAAAUUGGUGAUAUGGGGUUCGAACGCCUACAUCACCCCCAAGGAAGCGGAUAUCUACGAAAAUAUAAGAGACGUUAGCAAAUGGUCCGCCAGGAUGCGAGAACCAAUGGAAAAUGUGUACGGAGUAGAUGGCUUUCCGAAGGUUUGGUCGGCAUGGAUCGACGGAAUGCUGGGCAUUUACAAGCAACGCAAUGGAGACAUAUGUAAAGAAGUUUUAGACAAAAUUCGUGCACCGACCUUCAUCCUUCAUGGUGCCAAAGAUCCGAUGGUAGUGCCGGAGCAUGUUCCCCAUCUGCAAAACUCGAUAGCCGAAACAAUGCUUUACGUGUUUGCUGACGGUAAGCACAACAUCCAUCUUAAAUAUGCCGAAGAGUUCAACAAAUUGGUAAGCGAUUUUAUUAAAAAAUGAUUUGAACGUUAAGCAUGAUAGCUGUUUUGUUAAA